AUGGGGGCCGUGCCGGCGGCAACAGAACCGUCCAAUGUCAACGACACCCCGGCCAACACUGUGCAGCGCUACCGGGUUGGCACGACGCCAGAGUCCAGCUGCUCUGCCACCGCCCACAACAACCCGUUCGACGGCGACAGCAUCAUGGAUAUGCUCACCACCACCGAUGAUGCCUUGGCCGCUGGAUUCGAGCCGACUUUUGGAGACCAGAUCGCAGCCUGGUCCGCGGCUUUGACGGGCACAGGCAGCAAGCCCUGGGACGGCUACAUCACGACGGAUCACUCACACCACGCCCUGGCAAACGCGUCUGACGAUUCCAUGACGAUUGAGCUCACUCCGCCGGCCAGGCAUCUUCCCAGCCCGCCGCCUCAGCCGCCACCCCAGCCGCAGCCUCAGCCGACAGCUUCGCCAACCUGCUUGCGCGCGUCCGACUCUCGCGGGUACGGCCAGCAGUUGCAGGUGGCCAGGGGCAGCCUUGCAGCGCUGGUGCGAAGAGCGGCCGAGCUGUGCGAGAACAUGUACGAGCUUCGCGUCAAGUACCACGACGGCCACAGCGACCUCGAUCCGCCCGGCCACUUCCCCGUGCACAUGUCGGGCGAGGUUCUCCAAGCUGCCGACGGCUUCCUCCGCCUGCUUCGCUGUUUUUUCUUGGAGGAAGAACCCGCCAGCUCUUCGACACCGAUUCUUGCGUCCAACCCGUCAUCACGGACAUACACCACCGCCUCCGCUGCGCCAGAGCCGGCACGGCGCGUAACCUGUGCCGCCGACAGGCCGGCCGCGCUGACCCUGAUCGCGAGCUACCGGCGGCUCCUCGACCUGUACCUGCUCUACUACCAGGCCGUGUUCGAGUACGUGCGCGACACGGAGCCCUCGUGGCGCCGGGACCAGCCCAUCUGGAAGGACCUGAACGUGGGCGGCGCACCUCUGCGCGCCUUCGGCGAUCUGCACAUCAAGCUGGUCGUACAGGCGGCCGCGCGCUUGCUGGAGGACGUCGAAGGCGCCCUCGGCCUCUCCGAGGGUUGUCGCGUGAGCCGCAAGUCGGCGGCCGAAGGCGACGACAGCGGCAACGGGGUGUUGGGCGCCGUGGUCACGUCGCGCUUUGUCGAGCAGUGCAUUGCUGAGGGCAGCACAGGCGGCUCCGAACAGGGACCGGGCAUCAUCGCCCGCAUACGUGAGACGGCAGCCAGUCUGGCGGCCAUGCUGGAUACACCGGUCGCAAUAGAGCGAUUCAACCGCUCCCAUAUUUAA